CAUUCGUCUUGUUUCGUGUUUUUAAGUGUGCUUUGGUUUUUGUUUUUUAAUUGUUUUUUUUUCUUCGCAAGGACUAUUUUGUUCUUCAUUAUCGCCUUCCUUUUUUUUUUUUAAAGUGUAAUUACUUAAAUGUUUCUUAUUUUCAAGUAACGCGCAAUAUUUUUUAAACUUCGGAGAACUUUUAUUUGCCAUAACAAAGGUUGAAAUGACCUAGAUACUUGGAAGAUUUGUUUUAUAUAAAACAAAUUUAAAAAAAAAAUAACGCUACACGUCGAUUCAUGUUUUCUUCGCAUGGAGAUCACUUCAUACACUAUAAAUAUAAUCCAUUAACGUAAUAUGGUAACUAUCGCUCAAACCUCAGCAACGACGUCUUCUCGCUUGGCUUGUUGCACAACCAAUGAACUAAGAUAACCAAUCAGGAGCCCCAUAGCUCCACCAGCUCCAGCUCCACCAGCGCUAGCUCCAGCUCCACCAGCGCCAGCUCCACCAGCGCCAGUUCCACCAACAGAUUCAGCCGACACCAAAAACAACGAACAAACAAACACAACUAAACUUUUGAAUUCCCCUCACUUGUUCUUUCGGCUAAGUCUUUCCAAGGAUUAGCAGAUAUUUCGUCCAGUUGUGUAGACCAACACCAUGGCUUGCUGUUUGUCUGACGACUUGAAGGAGCAGAAGAGAAUCAACCAGGAGAUUGAGAAGCAGCUGAGGAAAGAUAAAAGCAACGCAAGGAAAGAGCUGAAGCUGCUUUUGCUAGGGACUGGUGAGUCUGGUAAGAGUACCUUCAUCAAACAGAUGAGAAUUAUUCAUGGUGCAGGCUAUUCAGAUGAAGAUAAACGUAGCCAUAUCAAGAUUGUAUAUCAAAAUAUAUUCAUGGCUAUGCAUGCUAUGAUACGCGCUAUGGAUACUCUCAAUAUUCAAUAUAUUAAUCCAGCAAAUCGGGAAAAUGGAAACAUGAUCCGCCAAAUUGAUUACGAAACAGUGACAACAUUUGACAAGCCUUGUGUAGAUGCCAUUAUUGCACUAUGGGCUGAUGAAGGCAUACAAGAAUGUUAUGACCGUAGGCGUGAAUAUCAGCUAACAGAUUCAGCAAAAUAUUACUUAGACAGUGUUGAAAGAAUCUCACAGCCUGAUUACUUACCUACAUUGCAAGAUAUUUUGAGAGUAAGAGUUCCCACUACAGGUAUCAUAGAAUACCCCUUUGAUCUGGAUAGUAUAAUAUUCAGAAUGGUGGACGUAGGAGGUCAGAGGUCAGAACGCAGGAAAUGGAUCCACUGUUUUGAAAAUGUAACGUCCAUUAUGUUUUUAGUCGCCUUAAGUGAAUAUGAUCAGGUCUUGGUUGAAUCGGAUAAUGAGAACCGUAUGGAAGAAUCCAAAGCCUUGUUUAGAACAAUUAUCACAUACCCGUGGUUCCAGAAUUCAUCUGUCAUUCUUUUUCUUAACAAGAAAGACCUCUUGGAGGAGAAGAUUAUGCACUCCCAUCUUGUAGACUAUUUUCCUGAAUUUGAUGGUCCAAAGAAGGAAGCAAGCACUGCUAGAGAAUUUAUUCUUAAAAUGUUUGUAGAACUAAACCCUGAUCCUGACAAGAUCAUCUACUCUCAUUUCACUUGUGCCACAGAUACUGAAAAUAUAAGGUUCGUGUUUGCAGCAGUGAAGGAUACUAUUCUGCAACUGAACUUGAAAGAAUAUAACUUGGUUUGAGCACGGGGGGUGAGGCCCCCUCCUACUUGGUGUUACCAUCAUCCCAUCACCCACUGGCCUAUCUCUAUGACCCCUUCACAUUGCACCUCAUUCAAAUGAAGCCUGCCAUGCCAUCUGAAAAAGAAUAAAAUAAAUGAAAUGGUUCAAAACUAAACCCAAGAGUCAAAAACAUGCUCAACAUCAAAGAAGGUCAAGGCUGAGUGUUUGUUCUGUGUCAUUUUUUUUGUUAUGUUUUGGUGUGUUCUUCUCUUUCUUGCACAUGUUUCACAGUGCUUUCUGGACAUUUGGAACAGAAUUUGCUGUUAUACAACAGAAACAAAAAAAUAAAUCUACAAGUGGCAAACUUUUGUGUUAGGAAGAGAAUAUGUGUUUCUAGAUGUUGGAUGCUUUAUUUUCUGGAAUUCUAUCAAAUUUUGAAAGUUUACAAGAUUUUCUACAUUUUGUUUUGGAUUCUACUGUUAUUCAGAAAGCAAAUGUUAAAGCCCAAGGCACUUCUUAAAUGCUUAGCUUUUGCUUUUUGUCCGUUUGCUUAGGGUUUAAUGAAAUUUAUUGUAGCUGAACUAAGUGCAGUUUUCUUAGUAACUUGUUUGUAUGUGGUGUAGAGAAAGUAACACUUAAUUUUUGUCAAAAUGGAAUUGUGAUUAUAUUACACAUGGAUUGCAAGGAGAUUACCAAAUGGGAUUUUUGAGAGUACAUGUUUGUUCCCAAGCCAUGAGGAAAACUAAUUUGACUGAAGUGCUGGCAAGGAUAGCUCUUGCACUAUGGGACAUUUUUUGUUUCUAUCAUCAGAUGGCGUUUUAAUGUGUUCGAGUAAACUAAGAAAUGAAAGGAGGGUUCAGAAUUUGUCUUUAUAAUUCUACUAUUGUCAUUAUCAACAUUUUUGGUAUGAUGAACUGUGUACACCUGUUAAGUUAUAUGCAUCUUAUUUAGAUAUGUUUGUACUGCCAUGCCUGGAAUGUUACACAUAUACAAUUAACUGAAGGCUUUAAAAAUUGAGCAAACAGAAAUAAUAAAUCUUUUUAGAUUUUAUUACAAAAUUGUAUAUGUUGUUGUUUUAAGGGUGGACCUUUCUGUUAUUUUGUAAUGUUUCUAUGGUAGUUUCUAUGCUAUGUUUCUAUGACUGACUGAAUGGUCCACCUGUUUUAUUGUGAACAGCUUCACCGGGAAGCGUGUGUGUUUGGUGCGGGAUGCAUUCUCUUGGGUGUUGUAGUUCAAAGAUAUAUGUGUACAUCGUACAUUCACCCCAAAAAUUAUUUGUCUGUGAGGAGUGUUGUAAACAUCACUCAAUUGUCACUGAUGUGAACAUUUAUUUUGCAUAUGAUUGUUGUAUGUGGGUGACUGGAUUGCUGUGUUUGGAUGGAGGGCAACUGGAACUUGUGUGUGUGUGUGUUCUACGGAUGGGCAAGGCUGUGUAUGUUUGUUUGUUGAAACCAUGUAUACAAGUAAAACUAGUAGUUGUUAAUAUCAGUGUAGGUUGGAAGGGGCGGGUAUGGCUAUCAAGUGGCUCUUAUUUACACAGCAAACCCAAUCCUACUACAUAGUAUGACGUUGGAUGAGAUGACCUAGUAAGACUUGUCACCACAUGGAUUCCUACCGCUGCCUGUCAACUUGUUUGAAUUGUACAUUAGUUUUUGUUUUUUUGUUUUGUAUUUGACACAAAGAAAUGAGAUAAUCAAAGUAUUGUUUGUUUGAAACAUUUUAUUCUUCACAUUUCUGAAGGAAAACUUUGCCAGUGUUCCCCCCUGUGUAUGGCUCUGUGUCAACAAUUUAACUGGCUACUUUUUUGUGGCUGACAUUUUUUUUUUAUUAGAAAACAUGGAUUGGAAACAUUAAGUUGUAUUUUUUUUUCUGUUUUAGAGAAUUCCUACCCAUCAUCUUUUUUUUUUUUUUUUUCUCUCGUUUUUAUUUUAUCUUUUUUAUUAGAAUAACUUAAUUUAGUAGUCACCUGGAAAACAAAAUUAUCUAGUUAAAAAUAAAUUUGGAAGUGCUAAAUUGUAAUGUUAGAUUUAGCGACAGCCAACAGUAAGGAAGGACAAACUGAUUUUAAUAAAGAUUUUGUUCACACAUUUGUGUAAAUAUGAAUUUCUUCAUUGGAUUUAUGGCUAGGUGAAAGUUUAAACAAGUGUUUACCAAUGGCUGCAUACUCAUGUAAGCUAGUCAGACUUGCCUUUGUCCUGCCCUAAGCUCCUUACUAAAUGUCCUCUCUGGGGACUAUCAAGUAGUAGCUCAAUGGAAGGGAGAUGAUAUUUGGAGCUCAUAUUGGACAGAAAUGUAUUUUUUGUUUUGUUUUAUGACCCCACCUCUUCUUACACACACACACACACUGUCUCUUGUUUCUCCUGUUCUGUAUUUGUUGCUUGGGUGUGUAUCCUUCCCCUUUACCAAAUUCUCAGUAUACAGCUCAAUGUAUGUAGCCAGAAAGAAGCUAUAGUCACACGCACAGUCUAAUGAUUUGAAAUCAGUUUUUUUUUUUUGUAUUGGAUUGUUUUCUCUUUGGCCAUCCCACAUAUAAAUAUGUCUACAUUGAUUUACUCUUCUGACAUGUCUGAAAUGAUCCUUAACUUUGCACACAAAAUUUUAUUAUUGACUACUAUUGAAACUAAAGGAUUUGGGAAAGUAUUUGCUAAGAAAAAUCAAAUAAGUUCUCCAUCUAGACCUACUUUUAUUCACUUGACCUGUAUAAUGUUGUUUUUUUUGGCCAAAUUUCUCAUGUACCAUAUUUUGUCACCUGAUUGUUGCAAUGAAACUGUUUGGUUAGGUAGCCAUCUGGUGUGUGUGUCCGAGGACAGGUUAUUUAUUUGGUUCAUUCACACUAUUUGUUUGUUUCACUUAUUCUCAAUGACAACUUUUAUUUAUUGCCUUUGUUUUUAGGUUUGAUUUUUUGUUGUUGUUGUUGUUGUUAUUUUUAUUUUAUUAUUAUUAUUUUAUUAUUAUUUUUAUUAUUAUUAUUUUUUUUUUUUGCUUUUUCAGAACUGAAUGUCAAACUUAUAAAUAAAAACAAUGAUGUGCAAUUCCCAUUCUUUA